CCGUACGAAAUGGACCAGGCAACUUGCCGACUGGCACCGCCCUUCUCGAAGGAGAACUCCCUUCGAUCGUCGACCCACGCAGCCCUCCCGCACAAUUUCCGACAGAACGACCAGCUGUUGGAUCCAAGGAAAGACACGCGUGCAUACCUCAAGAUCGACCUCCAAACCCCUAGGCUGAGCAAGAUCCAUCGACUCCUAUGGCUCACUGGCAUGCCACGACCUGCCCGGCCCCUCCAUCGACAGAGGCUGCUCCUGCGAACCAUCCACCUCACUGAGUCCACUGACGAGCAUCUCGUGUGGCACGAGACAUGCAUCUUCAUCAAACCCAUCCCCGAAUACCUUCUUGACUACGAGUUCUGGGACCAAGAGUUAUGCGCUGACGAAGCGCUUCACAAGAGCGCCUGCGGCCUACUUCUGUCCUAUGCCUGGCUAGUCUGCUAUAAGAGCGACCUGCGCAUCGCGGGCGAGGCGGGUCUACUACCUGUCAACAUUGACUGGAACGCCUGGACUGCGUUCAUGAUGGAUUUCACUAGCCAUAUCGAUACAUCUACGCUAUGCCAAGUGGACAGUCGCUACGGCUAUAGUGAGCUGCGCCUAUCGCGCCUCAACACUCUCUACCGCUUCGGUGUGGCCGGUUUCUCGCUGCGGAACGUAGUGUACGGCUUCAUGUCGGGCUCGACACGCUACACGACCUUCUUUGAGCGUAACUUUGGCUGGAUCUUGGCCGUCUUCGUCUACAUGUCCGUUGUUCUGUCGGCCAUGCAGGUGGCCUUGGCCACGGAGAGAUUUGGCGACGACAUUCGCUUCCAGCAAUUUUCAUAUGGAAUGGCUCUGCUGUCGAUGGCCUUCGUCUUGGCGGCAGUUGCCAUCAUGUUCCUUGUAUGGUUGACGCUUUUUUGGUUCCACCUCCUGUCGACUGCUCAGUAUUGCAAACGGGUGGCUGCGCAGCGACGGGCCAGGAGCCGUGCCGGAUGA